CGGCUCGAGAAAGAGAUGGAGCCUAGACGCCAGAAAGAGAGGGAGCAAGGCAGCGGAGAAGGAGAAGAAGAAGAGGUAAAAACAUUCCCCUGCGAAGCACGCCAACCCAAAGCGACUGACUAUGUUGCUGCGGUUUUCAGUUGCCAGCGCGAUUUUGAAUGGGUUGUACGCGCGGCGAGUACUCGAAAGUAUCUCGCAUCCGAUAGGUUUCAUAUUUCGAGCAUCUAUCCGUGAGAUGCAGCGCCAAUAAGAGCCGAAAACUGAGGAACAGGCGGCGUGCGUGCGCGCAAAUGGAAAAGUAUCCCAUUUUGGAUCUCUGGAAGUGCGAAACGGUUUUCCGAAUUUUCUGUUUUUUGUUUGGUUUUCCCAUGUGUGGUGCUGUGUGUGCAAAAGAAAAUUGUGUGCAAUAAGCGGCGAAUGCAGGUCAGCCAGCAGCCAACAGCCAGCAGCAGCAGCAGCAGCAGCGACGAAAUCCACACCAGCAGCAGCAACAGCAACAGCAACAACAGCAGCAACAGCAACAGCAGCAGCAGCAGCAGCAACAGCAGCAACAACAGCAACAACAGCAACAACAGCAACAGCAACUGCGAUUGCGGCAAUCUACAUGCGGUCGUCUAACUGUAAAGCUCUUGGCAACGGUCAGCGGCAAACCCAGCGGAACGCACAGCAGCAGCAUCAUUAGCCACUCGGCACUCGGUUGCAUCAGCCCCGAGAUACCAGAGUCAUAGAGCCAUAGUUACCUGGAUACCUGGAUAUCUGGAGUCGGAGCAGCAAACCAAUGCUGCAGAACCAUGGCGGCAACCACUAGCAGUGCCUUGCGAUCGGAGCCGAUGCGCGGCAUCUCCAUAAUCAUUGAGUCGCCAGGAUUGGCAACAGCAAUAGCCACGGCAGCAGCAGAAGCAGAAGCAACUGCAAUUGCAGCAGCAGCAGCAGCAGCAGCAACAGCAGCAACAGCAACUCAAGAAGCAGCCUCUGCCGAGAGCGAGAGCAACACUGAAAUGUCGCCCAAGUCCCAGGCUGGCAUGUUGCUGGCAUUUGGCGACUCGGCAGCAACAACCAAAGAUCAUUUGGAAACUAGUUACGACACAACAACAGUGACUGCAGCAACAACAACAACAGUGACUGCAGCUGCAACUGCAACAGCAACAGCAACAGCAGCGAACACCAAAAUAUAUCCACAACUGCUGCUGCGCAUCGGCGGAGAAAUUGGCGACGCUGCAGCCACAUCUCCGACCAUAAUCAGCUGCAGUGGCGAAACUGCGUCCAGGCAGCCAGCAUCUGCGACAGAAGCAGCAGCAACAGCAGCAGCAGCAGCAGCAGCAACAGCAACAGUGGCAACAUCGCCGCACAACAACACGGUGAAGAUCCAGAUCGAAGGCCAGGGUCAACCGCGCUCCCUCGGAAAGCAGGUCAGCGUGGUGAAGCUCAACGAGGGCGUCGAGGAGAUGCAGCAGCAGCAGCAGCACCACCACCACCACCUCUGCUUCCUGGUGGACACCAGUGGCCAGUACUCGCCCUGCGAGACCCUGGACAGCGGCACGGGCAGCGACCUGGAGGGCCACCUCAGCCAGAUCAGCCAAAUCAGCCAGAUCAAACAGAUCAGCCAGCAGGCAGUGAGGCCACCUCUGCUGGAGCUGCACCUGCAGAGCACGCGGCUGAAGGUCGGUGGCCAGGAGGAGCAGGCGGGUCAGCAGGAGCAGGAGGUGCAGCGGGCCUACAGCCUCACCGACGGCAGCGAGGAGGGCGACGAGAGCGGCCACUCCUCGCUCAGCUGCGACUCCCUGCACUCCGGCGGGCUGCUGCCCACCUCCCUGCUGCGGGACAUCCGGCUGAGGGAGCGGGCGGGGGAGCGGGAGCGAGAGGGACGCCCACUAGUCACCAAGAUCGACGGCAGACCGCUGCAGUUCGAGGCGGACGGGUACUACACCUUCCACGUGAACGAGCACGCGAGCUGCCGCAGCUCCGGCGCCAGCUCGACCUCCUCCUCCUCCUCCUCGGCGGAGUGCGAUGCGCAGGAGCAGGCGCAGGCGCAGGCCUUCCCGGAGGAGCCGCAGGACGAGGGCUUCGCCGGGUUCCGGGACGUGCGGACGACGAGCCAGCCCUGCGCCAGCGCCACCAUCAGGUCCGCCAAGGGAACCGUGCGGGGCGUCCGGAACCGGGUGCGCAGUGGAGUGGCCACCUUCAUGCAGCUGCAGCAGCCCAACCUCAGGAGCCACAUGGAGAAGGACCAGGGCAAGGUGGUGCUGUACACCACCAGCAUGGGCAUCAUCAGGGACACGUACGCCAAGUGCGCCAGCGCCAAGCAGAUCCUGCGCACCCUGCUGGUCAAGUUCGAGGAGCGGGACGUCUUCAUGAGCGUCGAGUUCCAGCAGGAGAUGCGCGAGCGGAUGCCCGACAAGAGCGUCCGCGUGCCGCAGCUCUUCGUCGAGGGCCAGCACAUCGGGGACGCCGACGCUGUGGAGCGACUGAACGAGAGUGGCGAGCUGCGCCAGAUGCUGAAACCGUACAAAUCGAUCGCCACGGCGUUCACCUGCCAGACGUGCGGCGGUUACCGCAUGCUGCCGUGCCCCUCGUGCAGCGGGUCCAAGAAGUCGGUGCACCGCAACCACUUCACGGCGGAGUUCGUGGCCCUCAAGUGCAUGAACUGCGACGAGGUGGGCCUGGUCAAGUGCCCCAACUGCUGAGGAGGCCCUGCUUCCUGCUUUGCUGUGCGCAAAUCUUGGAGUCGCUUUUUGUAAACAGUUGUGAUAUUUGGGGCAGAUGCGGCCGAGACGGACGAGGACGAGGACAAGGGUCGGGAUGGAGGAUGGAGGAUGGCGGAUGGGGAGGCGGAUGAGCUGCUGGAGCCCAAGUGACACCACACACACGGGACAGGAGACGGGAGACAGCAUGUGCAUAUGUGAAUCGAGGAGAUAUCGAAUAAAGCGUAAACCUAGUUUUCUGA